AUGUCCGUUCUACCAAGCGAACAGUUGACUUUGGAGUCGACGAGUGAAGGUGUCGACAGCGAGCAAGCCCAAUGCGCGCGCGGCACAAGGCGCAUCUGCACGCCGCCGGAAGCGCCGAACAACUUCGGUAUGGGGAGGAUCUGCAGUGACAUCCUCUGUCGAUGUGAAGAACCGCUUGCUUUGCACGCUCUUUGCCCUUCUUCUCGGCUCCCGGCGUUCUUGAACUCCCCCCCUGACCUCCAUCUGCGGCUGCUGACUCUAAACAUCUCUGGACAGCUUCGUCAAGAUGUCCAGUUCCCCAAACGCCUGUUUCUUCCGUCGCUUCAACGACUCUGGCUCGACAGGAAUGGGUUGACCGACCGGGACUUGCAACCCCUGAGCCGCCUGAGAGAACUCCGUUUUCUAUCUCUGCGUGGCAACCGACUGCGCCUGCCAGGCCACGAAAGCAUCUCGACGGAACCGGAAAGUUCCCGAAUUCGGGUUCCAGCUGCGUCGACGCCUUGUUCUCUCUUGCGCAAGACCCCCGUCUAUGGCAUUUGCAACUUAGUCCUUUCCCUGGAGAAGCUACAGCAGCUGGAUGUGAGUGAAAACCUCCUCGUAAGUUUGUUUAGUCGCCUCGCGUCGCCCUCCCUGCAAGUUGUGCUGGCCUGCAGCAACCGAUUGACUGAUUGCUCGUUUCUUGCUUCUGUCUCAAAGGCGCAAAGCUGUGGAGACCACGCAGCCUCUUGUCAGUGGCUGCCGCGGGGCCCUGCCCUUCCGCUGCUUGAGUUCGUCGAUCUAAGGGGAAACGCUGAUGUCACAUGUGUCGCGGGCCUCGAUCGCGUUCCUCAGUUGAAGACAUUUCUGGUUGACGGCGAUUUCCGGCGUGCCACCUUAAGACCGAGAACUACACACGAAGGCGAUGGCGGCGUCCUCUCUGAAACGGUGGAGGGCGAGGGAAAGGCACGGCAGAAGCGAGCAGAAGAUGCCCGGGCUGCGUGCGAGCGCACACAAGGCGAGACGCACGCCGAAGGGGAACGUCGUGAGCAUGAAGAGGCGGAGAAAUCGGAGGAAGGUUCCGGGGGAGAUCUCGAGGAAGACUGGAGCGCUCCGGCACCUCACACACGGUCCAGAGCCGAGGGACAGAAAACCCACGAGGUGAUUGCUUCGGGUUUGGACUUCUGGAAGGGCCUCGGCACGUUUUACCAUUCAAAUCUGCAGGUUUUAACACUUACCCACCUUCGAAAGAGAGAGGCUGAGUCAGCUGCCUCUCAUCCUACUGCGUCGGCGUCGAUUCCUUCCACUGUUCACCAGCUACACUGGUGCCUCCCCUCCCUUCUCCGUCUAGAUCUAAGCGACAACGACCUUCAGCGGUUCCCUUCAUUCGCACUUCGUCCGUCCUCUUCUCCAUCCUCCGGGGCGGCAUGCCCUGGGGGUCUCUCCGGAUAUUUUCCUUCGCCGUCCCUUCACUCUUCGUCAGCCUCUCCGUUUUCCUCUCUCCUGUCUCUCUCUCUCGCUGGCAAUCUGUUUGGCGGACCAGGAAACGCGGGAAAGGCAUCCGUUCGUGUGGCCUUAGCAGCACUGGCGGCUCUCGAGCUCCCUUCUCUUCAGCACUUGGAUCUCUCCCGCUGUUCCCUUGGCGCGCUGCCCGCUUCGCUCUUCAACGGGAAACAAAAGUUGCGUGUUCUGCUUCUCAACGAAAACAACCUCGAGCACACUGACGACUUCCUUCAGGCCUUGUGGGGACAGAAGUCCUCGCGGAGUCUCAAAGAGAGAUGCCCACCUCGGACGAGGAAUGCCGCGGCUAUGUGCGAGGCAGACCGAGGCGCAGGGCUCCGGCAGCGCGCCGCAGCUGCAGCUUCACGGAAGGCCUUGACAGGCUCGGACGGAGACAUAGAGAGGGCGAAUCGCCGUUCCGGAGAAUGCCUGUGCGCAGAAGACGCGACUGCUUUGGAGAUCACACUGCUAGAGGAAACGGAGGCGGAGAAAGGGAAAGCAGCCGAGCCUCAGGAAAGCGAAAACUCGUACACGAUGGCAGCCUUGGCAAACCCGCAGAAGAACGGUCCCUCCGGAGACAAGGAAGGGGCGCCAGCAAUGCGAUGGAACUCGCAGGCGUUUCGCGGGUGGCUGUUGAGCAGUCGGCAAGAGCCGGAAGAAGAGGAAGCGCCAAGAGCCGAAGUGGAAGCAGAGGCAGAAAAGUCGGGCAAAGCGCUGCUGACCUGCGGCUCCGCCGUCUGGUGUAUCGGCGUGAACGCUUCCGCAGCUCUAUCAGGGCCUCAGGAGGACCCUGCGCUCUUUGUCUCUUCUGUCUCUCAAGCGACUGAAGAGGCCGGGCUUGAGGCGGCCAAAAAAGUGAACAAUCAGUCGGGCAACGCGGAGGAGACGGGAGAAGCCAAGGCCUGCAUGCGGGGCGUCCCAGUUCGCCAGCCCACAGCGCGUGGCGGUUGCGGGAUGAAGUGCAGCAGCGAAACGGAAGGGACGGAGGCGUCGAAAGGAGAGCGUCAAGGUCAACAAAAGAGGGAGGCCGCACGACCAGGUGGAGACGAAAUAACGGGAGGUAUCUCUUUCCAAGCAAAAGAAGGGAAUGGAGACGAAUCUGCACGAGACAACAACGCCUUCGUGGGACCGUUGAUGGACCCUGUGGAUGGCCACAUGGCUCCUGGCGAGGCGUUUCGGGCCUUGGAAGUGAAAUCCUGCUCUCUGCAGGACGAUGCAGUCAAGUGCCGGAAAGAACCGGACAGCGACGAAGGCGAAGCGAGUCUAGGAGAGGCGCCAACGUGGACGGCAGGAAGGACGCAGCGGCGCAUGCAAGGGAGCGAAGACCGGGAAGAAGGCGCAGCAGCGCCGCACGCCCCUGCGGAAGAAGGCGACUUCUACUCGCCCCGAGCGACGGCGCGAGUAAACGGAGAGUCGGUGGAAUCGCGCGCUUCAGGAGUUACUGACGCUCCUCCAGAGAGUGCCGCAGGUCUCGGGAUCUUGCCGCUUUCUGAGACCCUCUGGCUCAGCGUCUGUGAAGCCCCGGAGUCGGCUCUGCAGACACCUCAAAGGUGGCUUCAUUUCUCAUGUCACCAAGCUGGGAGCAGCGAUUACGGCGCGGCGACCGAGCUCACCGAUGAUGGGCCUGAGGAGGAGAUGGAGCAUCUAGAGACUGGGGAGAAGGAGGACCGAAAACACCACCGCCAAGGGAAGGAGAAGCAGUCGCCUACGGAGAAGGGAACAGGCAACUCAGAGCCGCAUGCUGGCGAAUGGCCACCGGUGUCGGUCUCCCAGAACAAGUCAGAUCACACCGCAAAGCUGUCGGCGUUUUGCGCAACGCCUCCUCGCGACGAUUGGCUUGGUGUGACGGCCCGCCAGGCUUCCUUGUUGGCGACGGACCCAACUGCUUCGGAACUAGGGGACCCUGCAGAAGGCGAAGAUAGCGCGAACAGAGCUGGUGAGUCAGUGAAAGACGGCGGCAUGGACAGAGAGAAAGAUGGCGGCAGCUUAGCGACACGCGACACGCGACGUCCAGAACUGUCUUUCGAGUCAGGCACCCUGACGGCGCACGAAACUGCCUCUGUUUGCACGCGCUCGUCCUUGUCUCCCUGUGCCUCCUUGGUGGGUAAACUGCGACGGGAUCCCGAAUCAAGCGAGACGCUUGUGUCUCCGCACGAGCAGAACGAGUCGAGCGGAAAUCGCCUAGGUUACGAAGAGGGACCGUGCACGCGAGAGAGCGUGGAAGGGGCGACAGCACAUGCGAGCGGAAUCACUCAGCAUGCGGCCGUUCGCCGGUGCUUGUGGGCUGACGCGAGGGCAGACGACUCAGAUGGACGAGGAGAGGGGCGACCUCGGUUGUGCCUCCAGACAGACGCCGCAGCCGGCGAAGAGCGUCCGACGUGCUCUUCGCUGACUGUUCCUCCCAGAUGUGUCCCCAGUCCGUCGCUCUCUUCAGUCGCACAGGGUCACCCUCGCGCGGUUGUCGCACACGCCGCAGACAACGUACCCGAGGGUCGCACCGCCAACGCCGGUGCGGUGGGGGAGUGGGACGAAGCAGCUGUGCGUGCUCGCCACAACGGCCUUUUGAAGGGCUUGGAAAAGACGUCCGUUCCCACGCACUGGGAAGGACAGCCGCAUGAGGGUGGAUCGGAGACGUGGCCUACGCUUCUGUCGAUGUCGGACCGGUAUCACCCAGAUGUCACAGGAAGUCCCCGUCGAGGACCGAAGACCACUGGAGGAGAGGAAGCAGGUGAGGCGUCACGCGUUGACGAAGGAAGGCGUCUCGAAGACGGCCAACACGUGACAGUUUCAGCGGCCUCGCCGGCAGCGCGUCUUGAGGCUGCGGGACCUGUGCAUUUCUCCACGUCGACGUGUGGAACGGACGGUCUCGGGAAGAUGGUCCUUCCGACAACGGCAUGGAGUGUCGAAGGGGAGAAGAGCGACACGCCGCUGUUGCUCGGGCUCCGGAUGGAGACAGACAGAAAGGAGGCGGAAUGGCGUGACCUGACACAGGAACGCGAGAGCGGAGAAAGCCACACAGAUGACGAGGAGAAAGGGGACGUCGACAGGAACGAGCAGAACGAGUCGGAGGGGCUGGCAACCGAAGGCAGCAGGCCGCCCGCCGAACAGAGACAAGUGAAGCGAGAGGGAAGGAGAGUGACCAAGAGGGACAGUAAGCCCAAUAAGGUCGGGGCAGGUUUUUCCUCUGUUCCGCGGCCUGACAGUGAGGCCGGGGAACAACGAGACGCGCGGGUGCCAGAAGAGGGCUCAGAAUCGCUCGCUGCAUUGGAUGGCGGUGUAAAUCAUUUCUUCGGGCCGCGCAGCAUCGAAGAAGCGAAACCAGAGCCCGUUCAAGUCGUGGCGGUUGCAGGGGCGAAAGACAUGUGUGCUGUUGCGUCAGUCAGGUGCGUACCCUCGGCGGGGCACCAACUACAGCCGGAAUUCGGCAGGAGGCACGCACGUGAUGACGCUGUUGGCCUCAGCUGUUCACUUUUAGGUUGCAAAUCUCCGACGCCGCCUCACAGUGUCUCGUUGUACGGGUCCAGCAGCUCUUCAUCGUGCUUUGCCUUGGCGUCGUCCCUAACGCUUGACCAGUCCGUCUGCACUGGCCAAGACUCUUCUGUCGAGGCGCACCGACCGUCUCUCCCGUCGCCGGAGUCUGCCGAUGGGGCAGUCGCCACCGGCCUCCCUGCUAUGGCCUCACCUUUUCCAGCUUUUCCCUCUCGCCGUGCCAGUGCGUUUCGUUCUGUCGCCUCUUUAGCCGUGCAGCUGUCUUCAGCGGAGCCAGGCGCACCUGCCUUCCGCGUGUCACUUGACGAGCGAGAACGCACAUCUGAGAAGGGAGGCUGGGCACAGCGCAACGCAGGGGAGAACGCGUCCGUCUGCAGAGAAAGAACCACAGGUGGGAUGUCGGCUGUAGAAAUAUCCUCGUGCACACAGCUCACGGCUGGCCGUGGAGCGCCGAGUUUCUCGACGGGGGCGGGCGCCGGCGUCGAACAGAAAAGAGGCGCGAGCGACGGAGCCGAGUGGACGAUGGUUGUGGCGAGGGGCAGAGCGCACGAGGGAGGAGAGCGAGAAGGCAACCUUUCUUCUGGUGCGUUUUCGGCACUCAAAGACUCCUUGCGGCCACGCACCACUGAUCCGUUCCAGAGGUCUGAAACGGCUUCGCAUGCAACCGAGAGCCUAAAGCAAGGCGAAGAACAUUUCGGUGCAGGUGGUUGUCGGCCGCCCGAUCGUGGAACCCGAACCCGAGAGGAAUCAGUUUCACUCGAGAUUCUCGUCCCCGAUUGGCAUCCUUCAAGUGAUCCGACACCCGCACUUGAUCCACAGGAUCACCUUUCUUCCGUGAGGCUUCAAGUCGCUGUGGCAGGGAUGCCCGCUGAGGCUAAUUCGGCGAGUUCCGUGUUUGGUUCAUGCGUGAAGGACUCCAGAGGGACGCGGCACGCUGUGCCAGGUUCCCCUGUCUCUCCUUCCGAGUUGUCCUUCUCCGUAUCGAGCUCGUCGUCUGACCCAAGUCCGCAGAGCCCCAGUUCCGUCCCCUUCACUGCAGGAGACGCAGAACCCGCAGCUUCUCGAGACGGAAGGAACUGUGGGGUGGAAAUCCCGCGCUGUCCUGUUGAGCUGAGCGCUGCAUGGGCCGAAACGGAGCCAGACGAAGGCGAAGCCUGUGGCCGCAGGUCGGGGUUGGGAACGGAGACAGGAGAGCCGUCGAAGUGUCCGGCGUCUGCGCCUGCUGGUGCGUCCCGUUUGGAGACACCCCCAGGCGCUUUUGGUUCAACACCGGUCUCACCGUUCCCUUCUCUUGCCUCUCCAUCUUCGCACCAGUUGGUCGACGGCCGUCACAGCGACGAUGAUCAAACCGACCCGCGAGGGAUGGCACGGAAGGGGGAGCAAGAGCGGUCGCGUUUGACCGGCGAGGAGAGAGCCUUUCUGGUCCCCGAGCCUGCGCCCUUUCUGCCCCGCCGAGCUCCUCGGAGGCGUCUCUGCCCCUCGCCUGACCUCAGUCUGUCUUCACACCCUUCCACUCCUGUGGGCGCUGGGCUCACGGGCAUUCACCCCGAGGUCACGCCGAGAGAACAAAGAAUGGUACCAGAGGGACAAGGCGCCCAAGGGGGCCGUGCGGCGGAGGGACAGAGUCCAUUCAGACCGAUGACGCGCGGUGCUUCUUCUCCCCGAGUGUCGAGGAGCGAAAACGCCCAGGAGCGAAAGAGCGACUCAGAGCGAGACCUGGCUCCGGAAUCUUCAUUUGACACCGUCCGCGAGAGAGGCGCUGGUCGAACCAGAACGGCUGACGAAGGAGGCAGCUCCAGAGUAAGCAGCGAACGCGUCGAGGGGACGAGAACCGCGGACUUGGCUGUACGGCGACGCGGCGCCGCUGGUGCACCAGUUACGCGGGAAGUGCGGGAAGCCGGUAACAAAGUGUGCAGCGAAGACGAGAGCCGGAGACAAAGACGCAGCGAUGAAAAACAGAGAACUAUGUUGCGACGGUGGCCGUCGAGCACAAAGGACGAGGGAGAGCAGGAAGCGCGAGGAAGUCCAGACGUGAGCCUGGAACCACGAAGGACUCCAGAGGGGCGCGUUCCGGAAAACAGAACUCCGGCGCCGAGAUCGAGGACCCCGACAGUUAGCAGCUGCAAUUGCGGAAUUUCGGCGAGAAAACCGUGGUGCUCAGAGGGACUCUUGGGGUUAGCCGAAGCCCUGAAAAGCCGCGAGACCGCUUGCCACGCCCUCGCCUGCCUCGCAGCUUGCACUCGUCAGGCAGCUGUGGGAGCGGCAAGCGUCGGUGACGCAGGAAGGUGCGGUGGCAUGUCCCUCAGCGAAAGGUUCACCGCCUCGAGCCAAAUAGAGAAUCACGGAGAAACCUGGAUUCCCGUGGGGACGUGCCAAGCGCUGAUUGACGCCGUCGCGAGGGAAAUUCGCAAAGCCGCAUCUGUCAGAAGGCAGCUUGGUGGAAGACGUUCACAAGGGGAGUCUUGCUCGCCUUCUCGGGCUUCUUCUGCCUCGACGUUCACCUCCUUUGACUCCGCGUCCGAAGCUUCGUCCUCGUCCGUUCGUGUCUGGCCUUCUUCGGAUCGAACCAACUCCAGACUGAGGAGUUCAGACGAUCGUGCCUGCGGCGGAGCGCGUGACGGCCGGCCGACGAAGGCAACCCCAGCAGGAGAGGACACUCUUCUGGUGCAGGCUGUGAAAUCCUUCGAAGCCAUUGCAGAGAACGAACUUCUCUCGGCGGCUCGACUUUCAGGCUCAACGGGAUCCCCAGUUGUUCAUUGGGACACAGGCCUCAAGGUGAUCUCGUUGUUCAUUGCUCGGUGUACACGGGCCAGUCGUCAACGGACAGUCCACCGUGCAGGCGCUCUGGUCACGACCGAUACCUCUGCUGGUGAGCUGCCUCAGCGACGAGCUCUCCCAGGGUCGCCACCUGCCUCUGGGAGGUCAGGGGGCGGCGUCACGGGUGGGGAGUCUCAGGCGAAAUCUCGAGAGCCCCACGGGCGUCAUUCUGUUAGUGCCCCAGAGCUCCGCGAGUCGACAGGAGCGAGCCUUGGAGCUCAAGGUCGACAAGAAGUGAAUUUCACAGGUUCUCCGGCUCCUCCGCCGAUGCCUCAACGGGUGCUCGUCGGCCAUACGUCUCCCGGGACGCAGGUUCAGCGUUUCGCGGAAGGUCGUGGUUCUUUUCCUGUGGUUGCGGUGCCGACUGCUCAGUCGGCAGGCGAGGCCACGAGUAUCCCGGGCGCCAGGCGAGAUCCAAAAGAGGAGAUGUCGCCUCUACGGCGCAUUGCAGAAGCCGCCUCCCACGUUCGCCGAAUGCUGGAAGACACGUCAGGAUUCGGACGUAACACCUUCGCAGACACUUCAGAGACAGCCGGUUUCCGAAGGUACUCAGGCAGUCGCACGAGGGAAGAUCCAAGGGAUCGAGUGGCUGAUGCGCCUCGAGACGCUCUUGGCCUCCAGGCGGCGGAGCCUGCCUUCCCCUCGGAGCAAUACCCAGCACGUGGCGUCCAAGGCGGAGGCGAGGCAGCUUGGAACGCCCUUGAAGACAUGCGGCAGCAACUCGAAGGCCCGCUAAACGCUCUUGAUGCCAAGCUGAUCGAGCGGGCUGAGAGACUUUACCCGGGAGAGACACUACACGAAGACACCACGAACAACUCUCAGCGAGGCACUUCUCUGCCAGCAGUUCGGUCUACCUGCCGGAGCAGAGACAGCCCAGUCGCGCCUUCGUCCACGACGUUUGACCCUCCUCUCGGGUUAGAUGACCUCGUCUCCGACUCCUUCGAACGCUCCAGCUGCGAGUCAAGACGCCAAAUUACCCCUGUGCCGGGGUCUGUGGACGCCCAUCCUCCACGAGGCGUGUCGGGUCCUGUUGGCUCCAGAGGCCGGCAGGGCCCACUGGAGGUCAGCCGAGUUCGGUUGCCGUCGUCGCAGAGUUUUUCGGCACCGGCGGCGAAUCUGGGAGGGGGGGCAGCAGUGAAUUUGCAUGUCAAGUUCUCUGCCUCAGAGAUCGUUAGGGCGCGGCCUGGCGGAUGUUUAGUGCUCGCCUAUCCGGCGAACUGGAAAUCGGGUGAUCGCCGGACAGUUCCAGAGAAAACAGACAACCCGGCACAUGCACCAGCUAGCCGGGGCAGGGGAGAUGUAGGCCGAUGGUUCGGAGCGUUGCUGGCUGAAAGGCGGGCAAAGCAAGAGAGGAUGCGCGACGAGCGAAGGCAUCGCGAUGCCGAGAAGCAGAGGCACGGCGCAGAUCCGAAGCGACAAGAGCUCAUGAGGCUAGCCGCCAAGAGCACGGAGGCACUGGGGAGGGUUAUGCCCUACCGGAGGCACGAACCGCUGCUGCAGACGUAUCGAAAAGGGGCAGCGAACAGUGGGUCUUCUGUCUCCUGGUCCAAAAGUCAGGACGGCGUUUGCCGGCCAGCGCAGACGGGAGGAGUUCAACGAGAACGGUGCCUGACAAAGGUUGAAGAUCGGAGGAGAGGAAACAUCCUGAGGCCGGUGCACAAUGCGCACGUGAAACCCCGGAGUGGACCUUCCCAGCGACGCGAGAAGGAAGCAAGAGAGGGAGACUCAGCCAGCAAGGGUGCUCACGGGAACCCAGGCACUGGCGCAGAUGCAAGGCCCCGAGACACUCAGACUCGACACCAGGCGGUACUCCGGGACGAGCAAGUUCGUCAAGAGGUCCCGCUGAAGCACCCCGUUCCGGAGCAGCAGGGGAGCACUCUUGGGAACUGCGAGCCAGACCAAAGGCAUGCGCCCGUUUCAAACCGAGGCGAAGAGUGCGAGGUAUUUGGAGCAGCCCUGGAGCGAAGCAGCGACGCCAGCGAACGGGCGGGAUUCAUCUUGCUCCCCGAAAGCCUUGCCGAUUCGACCGCGCAGAAGGCAAAAUCUAUCUCGAGGCGGGACGACGAACCUGGCGGUGGUGGUGUUCCUGUGAGAGCACGAGUCAUUAGACAGGCCCUUCACGACCACGAAAGUGGAAUGGAUGAGUCGCCAGAGCUGGACAAAGAGGCAGAGUCGGAACGGACACUUGUGGCGCUCGUGCCUGAUGGAGAAAGAACGUCGAAAGGAUUAAACGGUCUGUCGUCGUCGAGUCGAAACGCCUCAGGUUCUGGGUUCUCUGCUGCAAAUCAGUGUCGCCAGCAAACUGAAAACUGGGUGGCACUGACUGUCGGUGCAGUGCAGAACCGCGAUGGAAACUGCCGGCUGGAGGGUGGAGAGGAAGGCCAGAGUCGGGAGGCGAGGCGGAAGGAGGCCAGUGCCGAAACGGUUGUCAUCCCAUUCGACUCAGAAGAGGCGCGCAUUAUCACUGCUCUUAUGGCAAUGCGUGCGGACUCUCCGUUGCUAGGAUCCGCUCAACGCUCUUGUUAUGUUUACUGUCCACUUCGAAUCCAGCGGACGCCUCAUGCCGGACUGGUUUCCUCGUUCGCCUCCUUUCUGUGGCCCUCUCUUUUCCGUCCUGCGGCGCUCAUUCCCGCAUCGCCUCUGACGCCAGCGGGGGCCUCGGCGAUCGUGGGAGGACCAGCCCAAGCGAAACCGCGUUCGCGAGAGGGAGCUCGGCAUGCGUCUCCUGGCGUUAGCUUGGGCCUAUUUCGGAAGGCCGGCCUGCCGCGUCCACGAGACAUUCGGAUUCUCUUCUUUUGUGCCCCGUCUGUGCGGGUGCUCCGAGAGGCCUUCCAGGCCCCUUGGGGCUUUGCGAACAAUCCACCGGCGUUCUCGGCGACGGAUGAGGAGACGCGCCCGAGCAGACGCCAGACGAUUCCUGUCGGAACAGGAACGGCCGGAGGGCACGGUGCCGUCCCCCAGUCGGGCACUGGCGAAGGACGGGGACAGAGAACUGCGGACGUCGCUGGGCAUCCCCAGUGGCUUCUGUUCGGCAGAACAGUGGAGGAGGCGGAGGACGCAGCAAGGCGGCUCAUGAAACGGCGGCGUCAGCUCCUCAAGAACUAUGUCCAGAAACUGGACGUUUUGUCCCUCCUGAGCACCGGGGAAGCGUCGCAGGCUUCAGAAGCGCUGGACUCCAAGCGAGUGCACCGACAGCAGAGAUGGGCCGCGCUCCGAAGACAGACUGCGAUGCUCGGCAACGGCCAAGUGGGCAAGCGGCGAGAACUGCUGGUGUGCGCUGUCGCAUGCGGGAAAUGCUUCCCAGUCUGCGCAGAGGAAAUGACGCACAGGGCUUCGGUCGAGGAAAGCAUGCUGCGCGCAGUGGACGAUGCGAUGCAAGAAGGCGCAGAUUCUGUGUACUUCGAGGCCCUCGGAGUAAUUGCUCUAUUGAACCCAGCGCGAGCCGCUCCACUGUAUCAUGUGCAGUACGACGCGACGCUCUCUACGAACUACCAGGAAAUGCAUGGAGGUGAGUUCGACGCCCCGUUUUGA